AAUGAACUCGCUCUCUAUUUCUCUCUCUCUCUCUUUUGUUUUUACACCAUCUUGACUUAAUAUUAAAACAGUUUAAAAGAAAACCUCAGUCAGAUUUUCAGAUUUGGUGUCCAUCCAGAAAUCUUUUUCCACUAAUCAUUAAUAUUCUUUCAUCCAGCUGAGCUGAGGCAAACACCAUUAAAUCUCAGAAAUGUAUUUGAAAUGCUAAAUUUGAGAUCCUAAAAUAAAGAAAAGAAAACAUAAUUUAUGUAAAAGAGAAACUGCCUCUUCGAAUUACAGCCAGCGAAAACACACUCAACACACACUCGGUUGCUAAGCGCUUGUCGCAUACAAUAACAAUGAAAUAUAUAUUUUAAAUCCUGAAUGUUUGUGUUGUAAUUGAAGCUUCCACAGUGAAAGAAUGGGAGUUUUUCAGGCAGUGAUGUGAGUGAGCUGCUUUACAGACCAAUAAAUCUGCAUCCGUUCUUCAGUUUGGGUUUAAACCAUAAUGAUAGAAGCAUUCAGGAGGAGAAUGCUGAAUUCUUUCAUUACUGCUGAAAAACAUUCUGUGACUAUCUUUUAUGGAUACAGUAAAUCUGUUCAUUUUAAAUGCAUAUUAUGCAUAUAAGACACACACACCGAAACAUCUUUGUCCUACACCUUUUGAUUCCAAGUACCUCAAAACCAAAACAGAACACAGAGCUUCUUUCAUGUGAACGUUCUCAUCGUUAAACUUCCUCACCACAAUAAAGAACCACUAUAUUGACAUAGAAGUUACAACAGUUCAGAAAAGUGUGAUUGUUCCCCUUAUUCGACAGAUCUGUGGUUUCCUGAUGUUGAUUCCUUCUCUAUAACAGCAGCUCUGACAGUAGUGCAGGUUUAUGUUCAAAUGCUUGUUUUAAAGAGUGCUAUUGUUCCCAUAGCAGAGGUGGAAAAAUGACUUCCUGAUAACUCCUGAUGUUAAACUCUCCACAGUGUGGGAGGAGAAAGUGGAGAUCAGAGCGUUUAUGUGCACAAGUAAAGGAGGAAAAAACACAGAGAGAGAAAAACAGAGAAAGGUUUGAUUUCUCCUCAGCUAAGGAACACGGUGUCCAGUCUCGGUCAGUUCUGCAGCCAUGAACGACGUGAAGCUGGCUCUGCUUGGCAGCGAGGGAGCUGGGAAAUCAGCGGUUUUGGUGAGAUUUCUGACCAAGCGCUUCAUUGGAGAAUAUGCAUCAAAUGCAAGUGUGUGUCUAAAUUCCCUUUUUAUGGUAGAUUCUUUAUAUCAAAAAAGGCUCUCCAUUGAUGGCAGACAGCUGAACUUGGAAGUCUUUGAUCCGUGCUCACAGAAUGUGGAAAGCAGAUGCAUCCUAGAGGAACCGGUGGACUGGGCAGACGGCUUUGUGGUGGUAUACACCAUCAGUGAUGGGAUGUCUUUCCUCAAUGCUAAAAACAUCUUGCAGCAGAUCAGAGAGAGCCGUCGGGAGACCUGUAAAGGAGACAUGGAUGUUCCCAUCUGCCUAGUAGGAAAUAAGCAGGACCUCUGUCACAGCCGGCAGGUGAGCGAGGAAGAAGGACGCUCUCUUGCCCUGGAGCACAAGUGCUUCUUUCAGGAAGUGUCUGCUGCUGAGAACUACCUUGACAUCUCCAACCUGUUCACCAGACUCAUUCGACAUAUCAUGGAGCACAUGAAGCACAGAUCUGAACGCCGGCGCUACAGCGGAUCGAAAUCCAUGGCCAAGCUGAUCAACAACGUGUUUGGAAAGAGGAGGAAGUCUGUGUAAAAAACUUUGACUGUCAAUGUUCAGAGGGUUUGAAGUCUGAAAUAUUUUGAAGAACUUGAUGUUAACAACUGGCAAUGAGAGCUCAUCUGAGGGAAGAAGCCCAAACAGAACCUCACUAUUCAGAAAUGUAGAAUUAUUAAAGCUUCUUCAGUUGCUCAUUUAGAUUUAAGCUUUUGUGUAUAAUUAUGUAGCAUGCAGAGAAGAAAUCUUUAUUUAUAGGAGGUUAAGAUCCCUUCAUUAUCCAACAAAACCUUACAGUACCUCUGAAGAAUGCUCCCCAAAAAAAAAAAAAAGUCUACAAGGUGUCAGGGAUAUUACACUCCUGAAAGGUUCUAGAUUAUACACACACUCUUAAAAAGAUUUUUUGUACUUUUUAUUUCAGAGAAGCAACAUUUAUGCAUAAAAUAUUUUAACUAGAGCACCAGCUAAUGAGUGUUUUUGAUUUACAUGGAUUUCUAGAAAUAUUCAUGACAAUGUUCAAAUCGAACAGAAAUCUGCAUAAAUACUGUUUAGCUCAAACAAACAAACAUACAAGCAUGCAAACACAUCUUUUCUAAUGUAGCUGAAACAGAAUCUUUCAUGUAGGAGCCUCACAUUACAUCCUUAUAUUAACCUGUAAACUCCAACAUGUUCAAAAUGUAUUUUAACCCCCUCAACAAUCAUCCAAGCAUCCAUAAAUAAAUAGUUAAUAAACAUGUUUGUAUGUACAUAAAUACAUUUAAUUUGUAUUAUAAUAAAAUCAUUAAAUAAAUGUUGUAA